UUUGGUGUUGCGAACUCGCGCCGGGGCCUCGAACUUUUCGGCAUCGCGAGUGUCGCGAACGACGACAAUGCGCUUGCGGGAUCGCGUCUCCCGCCUCGCAGCCAUCGACAGAAUCAUGGGAUGCGCGCUCUCGUGAUCAGCAGGUUCCGAUUCGAACUCGGUGACUCGAGCGGCAAAUGCAGUUUCUUCCCGUUGCACAGGUCAGGCAAUUCGCUGCGACGAGAAGUCAUGCAAUUCGGUGACGCAUGCGACGAUUUCCAUUCGGCGUCAUUGGCUCUACGUCCUUGAGAUCCGUGGCACACUGCAGGUCCGGCUCCGUGCUGGCGAUGGGGGCAUGGGUCGCGGAGCAUGCGUAAGGCAUCUGCUUUCUUUACGGCCUCGUGUGCCUUCGAUUGGAUGCACUCUCAGAUAUGCUCUCCGGAUAUCAAUGUCGCAAGAUCGUCUGAAGGCGGAGUUUGAAUGCCUGUGACGAACGGCUCGUGCUGUUGGGGUUUCUGUCGAGUUUCACGACUCCGAUCGACCAAGAAGAGCUUCAUAUUUCGAGCACUCUAAUCUACUCCAAAAUGUCUCGGCCAGAGGAAGCGGAGAGUGGCAGCAAGCCAUCAUCUCAAGUCUCGUGGAUGGAAAAAGAGAAGGAACUGACGAGUGGGUUUGAACUACAAGCCUUUGAGACGCUAGAGAGGGAGUUUCAGCAGGUGUUGUACGAGCUUCAAACGGACCCAUCUCUGGACAAAUUUCGAAACGAAUAUGAGAAACUUCAUCGAGCUCUCAAAAAAUCUCAUGAGAGCGAGAAGCGCUUGAUCAAAAAGUGUCGGGAACUGAAUUCCGAGAUUCAGACGAACACCGCGAAGGUCCAGACUGCUCUCACGAAUAGCGAAGAGGAUCAGCUUUUGAUUCUCGACUUGCGAGAGGAGAUCGGGAAGGCAUGGAAGAUGGUCGAUGCCACCCAAGAGAAAGAAGCGAAAGCGAAGGAGAAUAUCCAAGCACUCAAGCAAGAGAUCGCCAAUCUGAGCGGGAUCGUGGAUCAAAAUGUGACGUUUGCUGUCAGCAAAGACACGCAGGUGGGAAGCUUGGAAGACGAGAAAUUAGAACUCGUCAGAGAGCGAGAUCGUCUUCUCGCCACAUCAUCCGAAUUGAAGAAAGAACUUGCAGCUUGGGUUUCAAGAGUGAGGAUCUUGGAGGAAGAGAAGGUGACCUCCGAGAAUGACCUGGCCACUGUGAAAGGCCAUCUUCACGCAAAGAGGGCAGAAUGUGACAGGGAGUUGAGAAGAAAAGAGAGGCUUGAAAAAGAUGUAAAAGAGUUGAACCACUCGAUAGAAACCAAUCACGAGCGCUACAAACAAAAGGAGUUAGAGCUGGCUCAAUGUCUGGAGCAAAACGCUAAAACGGAAGCCUUGCUUGAAGAGGAAAAACAUGCUGUCGAAAAGUCUUCAAAGCUGAUUGACCUCCUGAAUACCAAGAUUGUGAAGUUGCAAUAUGACUUGGAAGAACAGCUCAGAUUCAACACGCAGCUCUUAUCUGAAAAUAGCGAAAGAAUGGUGGAAAUGAGGAUGAGAGAAGAUGAAAUCACAACAGUGAGAGAUGAGGUUGUAAAAGUCAGAAAGUUACGAGAUGCAACGAUGAACAAGCUGAAGGUCACAGAAGCUCAAAAAGCGGAAAUUGAGCAGCAAAAAGAGGACCUUCAAGGUCAAAUCUCUCAGCUGGAGAAAGAAAAGGAAAUACAACGCAAGCUGUCAGAAUCGGACAAGAAACGUUAUGAAGAAUCAAUUCGAGAACGGGAUGUUUUGACCAAGAUGAAGGCUCAGGCGGAGGAUUUGUCGAGUAAGCAUGCCGACACGUUGAGGCUCAAGGAGACAAUAAUUAAGAACUUAGAAUUAGAGCUCCAACAAUAUCGAGAUCAUGCAGCCGCUCAGGAUCAUGCUAUUGAGCAUCUUGAAAGAGAACGUCGGAAAUGUGCAGCCGAAGUUUCUGACGCGACAGCAAAGUACAUGAAGGUACUAGAUGCAAUGCAGGCAAAGGAGUUGGAGAUAUUAGAGGGCCAGAAGAUAGUUGAAGCUAAAGAUUUGGAGAUUAAACAGCAAAAGGCACUCUUUGAAGUCGUACGUACAGAGAAGAACAUUUACAGCAAGCGUUUGGUUGACACACAAGACGAGAUCAAUCAAGCCAAACGCAAGUUGCAGAUUUCAACUCAGAUGGUGCAGGCUUUGAAGGAUAAGCUUGCAGCCAUGGAUGGACGAAUCGAGAAAGGAGCAUCAGAAAUAAUUAAGGUCGAGAAGGAAAAGGAGGUUCUAAAUGAGAACCUCAGCCAAAUCCAGGGAAAGGUCAAGAAUGCUCAGGCCAAAAUUGCAACUUAUGUUUCUAAGAUACAGACCCACGACGUUCUUGUAAAUCAGGCAAACGACGAAACAGUUCGAUUGAAGAAAGAGUAUACAAUGGUUAAGACGGAACGCGACAUGUUGGCAGCACAGCUGACUCGGAGAGAUGACGAACUGAAAGAGGUGUACGAGAAGAUCAGAAUUCAACAGUCUACCCUUGAUAAAGGCCGGGUGCAGUACUUAGAUCGGCUCGAUGAGCUUCGAACUCUUAAAUUGAAGUUGACUGAUCUCAAACGCGAGCAGGCGAUCUUGUCAGGAUCGCUGAAGAGCAUCAGCAUUCUUAAGCGAGAGAUCAAUGGCCUGAAUCGUGAGCUUUUGAGGGAGAAACUGAAGGUACGCAUAAUGACUGAAGAGUUGGAGACUCCUCAGAACAUUCACCGUUGGCGAACUCUGGAAUCCACGGAUCCUACCGUCUACGAGAUGAUCACUAAAGUGCAAACCUUGCAGAAACGCCUCAUCGUGAAGACAGAAGAGGUAACACAGGCUUGAAGGGUCGGCCUGAUUCCAUGAACACAAAUGAGCUUAAUCUUCGAUUGCUGAAACUUCAAGCAGCCUACAAGACACUCGGUGUAAAAUUUUUCCACCCAUGUGAUCGGAACCACGGCUGGAAUUAGUGUGGUCCAACAUGUGGUCUGGAUAAAGUUGAAAGGUUACGUCCUCAGGAGCAUGAAGGUGGUCGAAAAAGAUUUGCUGAUCAAGGAGAAAGAAAAAUUGUACAUUGAGUUGCAGAAAAUUCUGGCUCGCCAGCCUGGACCAGAGGCUGCACAGCAGUUGAACAAUCUAACCAGAAAUCUCAGCGAGAAGACUCGGCAACUGAAAGCCAUGUCAUCUGAGCUUUUUCUUUACCAGACCCGAGUGAAGGAGCACAAGUCUGAGAUCGACGAGCUCAGAGAGCAGCUUCAAGUGGCCAAGCGGAGAUACAUCGAGCAGAAGGAGAAGGAGAUCUUGGAAAAGCAAAGGGACAAGACUCUGGCUCCAACAGCUCCCAGAAACCCCACACCGAAGAAGCCUCUGAGGCCUGCCUCGAGGGGAUCAGUCAAAAAGACUGCUAGCUAAUGAAGUUUCGUCGUUUGGUUGUGUUUGUAUUGUUUGAAUUGAAUUGGAGAGGGUUGUUUUCUGUACAUAGUGCCUGUAUUUUAUAUUCAGCCCCUUUAAAAAUUUGCGUCACAGAGUGUAGAACAUUGUUUAAUCGGUUUGAGGACAAUAACUUUCAGUUUUAGACGAACUCGGGAUUCUUCCAAGCGCCUGCACUAGCGCAGAUUAGUGCCUGCAUGGGACGCAUUGCUGUUCCCUGCGAGUUGUAAAUCUGGUUGGAACUUGAGUUCAUAUACGCAUCGGCAUUUUGACCGAAGUUUUGUUUC